UCCGACCUUCCCUCGGACUUGACCUGCGGCACAGUCGCUUCUAACUCAUGCACAACCUCACCCGCCCAGAUGUUUUAUAGACCUGCCGCAAUUAUUAGAAGAGCAUUUCCGCAACAAGUCGCCAGAGAAGAUCUGUGGAGACGGAGUGACCAGGUCUCCUUAGCACCUCCUAGCAAGAUACCCGAGUGCUGAACAGGAUGUCUUCAGUACAAGUGACCGAGGGCAGAGUGGUCUCUGCGGGACAGUCUUUGUUUUACCGGCAGGCCGUGCCAUCCCAGGGUUCACCUAGGCUGUCUGUGUUGCUUCUUCAUGGGAUCCGCUUCUCCUCAGAGAUUUGGCUUAACCUCAAGACUUUGGAAAAGCUGGCAGAGGCUGGCUACCGUGCUGUUGCCAUAGACCUCCCAGGUCUCGGAAAUUCCAAAGAAGCAGUGGCCCCUUCUCAGAUUGGCAUUCCAGCUCCUGGGAGCUUUCUGAAAGAGGUGGUUGUAGGUUUACAACUCAGUCCAGUUGUGGUCAUCAGCCCCUCUCUGAGUGGCAUGUACUCCCUGCCUUUUCUAUUUGAACACAACAACCUGGUAAAGGCGUACAUCCCAGUGGCCCCCAUCUGCACAGAGAAGUUCACCGCUGAGAGCUAUGCUGCCAUUAAGACUCCAGCCUUCAUUGUGUAUGGGGACCAGGAUGCAGAGCUGGGAGAGGCUUCCUUUAGGAACCUGAAGAAUCUGGCCAGCCACAGGGUGCUGGUGAUGAAAGGAGCGUCACACGCUUGCUACCUUGACAAUCCCGAAGAGUGGCACAGUGGCGUGCUGGACUUCCUUAGCUCUCUGUAGUUCAGUGUGCGUGAGGGCCACACCUGUCACCUGGAAGAGCCAGACAAGUGAACCACGACUGGGAAGAGUGGAAUUAGUGGCCUUGCUCUAUUGAACAAGGGCCACCUGACAUUAUGGCAAAUCAUGUACCAAUCAUUUCAAUGUGGCCGGAUAUGAGGGACCAAGUGAUUUUCUGUUUUAGUUUUAUUUUCAUUUUUGGAUGCGGCCUCAUUUGCUAUUGUUUUUCACAAUUAAUUUUUUUUAGAACCAGAUAUAAGUGCUAAUAAAUUUCCCUUCAAGUAA